AUGUGCGGCAUUGGCGUCUUGAUCACGCCUGCCUCGACGCAGCAAGAUGGUCACACGGUAUCAGAGGAUGGCAUCAAGCGCUUGCGGGAAGCCUGGCCGUCCGUGCUUGAGAACAUCAGCAAUCGAGGCCCAGAUUCGCUAGAGACGAUCCAACACGACUUUCAAGUCACCACCGACGACAUCGCCUCGCCAUGGAACCUCUCACUGACAGCGAGCGUGCUCUGUCUGCGCGGCGAAGGUAUCACUACGCAGCCGCUGGUCAGCGAGGACGACCGGCUCGUGCUAGCAUGGAACGGUCAGAUCUUCCAUUGGGACGACCAAGUCACACGCUCCGAUCAAGCGACCUCCUCCAAAGUGCGGCUCGACUCUGGACACAACGACGCCGUCAUCCUGCUCGAUAGGAUUCAGCACCUGCUCGGUCAGCCAGAUCAAGAUGAUGGCAAGACGACUUGCGAGCUGGCCCUUAACCUGACCCUGUCCGAGGUGGAAGGCCCCUACGCAUUCGUCCUGCUCGACCGCACCGAAUCCAAGCUCUACUAUGGUCGCGACCCAUUGGGCAGACGAUCGCUUCUUCUGCAUCGCUCCUCUACCGAGUCCGCCAUCGCCAUUGUCUCUGUCGCCAGUGAAGCUCUUGCAUGCCUCGACCAUGGAUUGACCACCCUAACAGAAAUUGACUGCUCCUCGCUAUGGACUCUCGACCUGCGCACCCAUCCCAUCGUCCCUGCACCGCUCCCACGCCUCCCAUCGCGCUUCACCUCCCCGCUCCUACUCCGUGAACUCCGCCCCUCUCCAUCCACAACCGAUCCCCCCGAUCCACUCGCCACCUCACGGAUCCGGGCGGACUUCCUCGCCGUCCUCUCCGACAGCGUCCGACGCCGCGUCACGCAGAUCACCACCUCUCAACCGGCCAAUUCGGCGCACGUGGCCAUCCUCUUCUCCGGCGGACUCGACUGUACUACCCUUGCGCUCCUCGCCGAUCGACAUGUGCCGCGUGAGCAGCCGAUCGAUCUGCUCAAUGUGGCGUUUGAGAAUGUGCGUGCGAUCGCGGCGGCUCGGGCUGACCGCGAGAGGCGUCGGUUGGUCGCGGGUAAGGCUGGAAGGAAGGCGAAGGGCAAGCACAAAAACGACGUCGUCGAGAUGGACACAGAAGCAAUGGGCGAGGAAGAGGAGAAGGUGGUGGACAUCUAUGCGGUACCUGAUCGAGUGACGGGGUUGGCUUCGUACGAAGAGCUUCGUGCACUCGCCCCAAAGAGGCGGUGGAACUUUGUCUCGAUCAACAUCCCAUACAUCACCUACACAGCGCACCGAUAUACCGUAGCAGCGCUGAUGUCACCCACCUCCUCAGUCAUGGACCUCUCCAUCGGUGCCGCGCUGUACUUCGCCUCUCGCGCAUUUGGCCAUCUGUGCUCUUCCACACCGUACACUUCGCCUGCCAAAGUGCUGAUCUCCGGUUUGGGAGCGGACGAAGUGCUCGGCGGCUACUCGCGCCAUCGAGCUGCGGCCAACCAGUCGCUUCAAUCGUUGGUGGACGAGCUGCAGAUGGACCUGGAUCGACUACCCACCCGCAACCUGGGUCGGGAUGAUCGGGUGCUGUCCGACGCCGGAAAGGAAGCUCGCUACCCGUUUCUGGACCGGACCGUGCUCGAGUUUCUCACAAACAUACCCGUCCAUCAGAAGGUCGAUCUCGAUAGAAUCGGAACAGACGGUGCCGGGGGCGAUAAGAGGUUGUUGAGAGACGUGGCAAAGGCGUUAGGUCUGGAGGGCGCGAGCGAGCUCAAAAAGCGCGCCAUGCAGUUCGGCACCCGCGCCGCCAAGAUCGAUGUCGAAAGCCGUCAUGUCAAAGGUCAUCACAAGAUCACAUAG